AUGUCAGAGAACAACACCACUACCCCCAAUACUGCGGCGACGCAGGACGCGACCCAGCAGCAAGGUCAACUCCAGACGCCGCUGGCUUCGAAUCCUGCUCCGAAUGUCAACUCGGCAGGUGAGAACUUGCAGUGCCAGUGGCAAGGAUGCGGCGAGCGCUGCCCGACCGCUGAAGCCCUCUACGAACAUGUCUGCGAGCGUCAUGUUGGUCGCAAGUCGACGAACAACCUCAACUUGACCUGCGCCUGGGGCCAGUGCCGCACCACCACGGUGAAGCGCGACCACAUCACCUCUCACAUCCGAGUCCAUGUGCCGUUGAAGCCUCACAAAUGCGAGUUCUGCGGCAAGGCCUUCAAGCGCCCCCAGGAUCUCAAGAAACAUGUCAAGACUCAUGCUGAUGACAGCGUCAUCAUGCGCUCCCCCAACCUCGAGCCAGGUGGCGGCCAGCGUUCGGUUCAAAACGGCAUGGGACAAGGUGGGCACUACAACGCCUCAUACUAUGGUCGCGGUCUGACUGGACAAGUUCCUCAAAACUACUACGCGCCUGCUAUGCCGGGUCCCCACGACUACGCCGCCCAACAGCACCCUAACCAAUAUUACCAACCUCAUCCUCAAGUUCCGACAGGAGGACACCCGGGCUACGGUCCAGUGACUUACUACAGCACCGCUCCGCCCACCGCCAGUUAUGACUUUGAGGCUCGCAAGCGUGGUUUUGAUGCGCUCGAUCAUUUCUUCGGCCAAGUUCGACGUCGCGAAGUUGAUCCCAUCAACUUCCACAAUGUCAGCCGCCGUCUCUUUGAGCUGCAAGGUCUUCAACUGCCUCAGAUCAUCCCAGCUGCUGUCCCAACCCCUGCCUAUCAACCCGUCGCAGUUGGUGGCGGCUAUGGCCAGGAAGAUCCCAUUCAAGCCUACAGCCUCCCACCAAUGGGCAACGCAAAGACCAGAGAAGAUUUGACCUCGAUCGACCAGAUCCUGGAGCAGAUGCAAGCAACCAUCUACGAGCAGGAUGCGCAUCUCACCGCUGGUGUCGCCCCUACUGGUGCUGGGUAUGUCACGUACGCCAGAGCUAGCAAUAGCCCACCCAGCACUUCUCAUCAUGGAUCUGCCGCAGCCCAGGCCAACGCUACCUCGUUGCUGCAGCACGGCCACCAAGAGAGCAUUGCCAGUAACACUACUGACGCCAGCACCCCUGGACUCACCCCGCCCUCAUCCGCCCAGAGCUAUACUUCUGGCCAGAGUCCUCUGCCAGGCCAUGCCGCUCCGACCAGCUCUGCCAUGUACCCUACCCUGCCAGCCUCUGCUAGCGACAUGGCCUAUGCCGCAGCCAACGCUGCGACGCUUAGUGGUCUGUAUGAUGAAGAUCGCCGUCGGUGGGAGGGCGGCCGUCUCCAACGCGCCGCUCCUGGCAAGGGCAGAGAUGAUAUGGACAUGGCCAGCGAUGGUUCCGCCACGCCUCCCGCGUCGGGCAUCAACGCGGAGUCCAAAGGCAAGAAGAGAGAUUCUCCUGUCAGCAGCGUUAUCGACCCUGCUCUUGAUACUGCUGACACGCCACGCGAAUCCAAGGACAGCCCACCAGACCAGACCGAGACAUGGGUCCAGAACAUGCGGCUGAUCGAAUGGAUGCGUGAAUUCAUCAAGAAGAAGUUGGAGACUGGUGACUACGACGGUGCUACGCCAGAGCCGGCCAAGGACGUUACGAAGACAGAUGUCGGUGAGCAGGAUGAUACCGAAAUGGGCGGUACCGAUGACCACAAGGAGAAGACCACGGACGCGGAGCAGCUGUACCCGGUUCUAAGGCAUGUCGAGGAGAGCGCCUAG